GGGCGCGCCUGCCGUGCGCGCGUGUCCGCGGCAGGCGCGAGCGGGGCGGCCAUGGCGAAGCACACGGUGUCCUCGGCGCGGUUCCGCCGGGUGGAUGUCGAUGAGUACGACGAGAACAAGUUUGUGGACGAGGAGGACGGAGGCGACGGGCAAGCGGGGCCCGAUGAGGGCGAGGUGGAUUCAUGCCUGCGGCAAGGGAACAUGAUGGCUGCACUACAGGCGGCUCUGAAGAACCCUCCUAUCAACACAAAGAACCAGGCAGUGAAGGACCGUGCAGAAAGCAUUGUCCUGAAGGUCCUCAUUUCCUUCAAAGCCAACGACAUUGAGAAGGCAGUGCAGUCACUGGACAAGAACGGGGUUGACCUGCUGAUGAAGUACAUCUACAAAGGCUUUGAGAGCCCCUCUGACAACAGCAGUGCUGUGCUGCUGCAGUGGCAUGAGAAGGCGCUGGCUGCUGGAGGAGUGGGGUCCAUCGUGCGUGUUCUGACUGCCAGGAAAACGGUUUAAAUCCAGCAACAAGCAGCUGUCUGCCCUCCAGGGCCUGGGAAGUGCUGGUGCAAACCCCAGACCACCAAAUGCCGUUGCUGCCCCGUGGACAGUGCCUGUCUCUCAGCUUGCCUUCUUGCUGCUGCUUUCAUACCUGACCAGUAAUGCAUAUCGUGAUCUCUUCUUAUGUUUUUGUGGUUAAAUUCUGGAAAAUUAUGAAGGUGCAAUUUUGUUUCUAACAGGAAUAUUUGGGACUGGUGAACAUUUCAGUGACAGCAUCUAGCAACAGUCACAGCUUUGUCUUUAGGGUGAUUGGCAUUUGUGUGUAAUUAUGGCUGAUUACAACCUGACUUUCCAAGUAAGUGCUGAGGGACUGAGGGCGAUGUCCUAAUUCUUUCUGCUAGCCAAGCUGUGUUUUGCCCUAAGAUCUAUAUUUGAGAAGUGAGGCAGCUAUUAACAUAGGUAAUGGGACCAUGCUUCCUUUGGUGAACCUCUGAACCUACUGCCUUGAAAAGCCUUGAACAGGACAGCAAGCAAAAACUUUCUGACCCCAAUUAUCAUUCCCGAGAGCUUACCCUCACAUCUCACAGCCUGCUCAGGUUCCUUAUGAUGAGUCAGGUCUGCAGCAGGGAGGUCAUGAAAUUGUCCAUCGUGCAGUUGGGAUGAUAGAACUU